CCCCCCCCCUCUUGCACCCUCUGAUGCUACUUACACGAGGCACCUGGCUGUCUCGAUCCCUCCCCGCCCUUCGUUCCUCCCGCCGCCCCUCCCUUGCCCCCCUGGCCGUCAUGAGCUCCACAUGCAACUCCGACCAUCCCUGGCCCUGCCCCACCUGCAAGCAGUGGCGCACCCCCUCGCUGACUGUGGAUGCCGGUGUCCUGCGACAGAACGAGGCGGCCUCUUUGCCGGCUGACCGUCUGGAGGUGCUGCUGAUUGAGCGUGCCAAUCCCCCCUUCAAGGGCUGCUGGGCCUUCCCUGGCGGGUUCCUUGAUUAUGGCGAAGCGCCGGAGCGCGCCGUCCUUCGCGAGCUCGAGGAGGAGUGCGGCAUCGUACCGGACGCGGGCGCCGCGGAGCCGCGGCUGCUUGCGGCCGCUGGCGCUCCCGAUCGCGACCCCCGUCGACACACGGUCACCCUCUUCUACGGGAUUGACCUCGGCCCGACCGAGAAGGCCCCGGUGGCUGGCGAUGACGCGGCCAAGGCCCAGUGGAUCCCGGUCGCGCGAAUUCUCGGCAGUGGCAUCGGCGACCUGCCGGAGGGCGAGCGUCUUCGUCUGGCCUUCGACCAUCAGGACCUCCUGGCCCGGCUGCUGGACUUCCAUCAUUCCGGAAAGGCUGCCGACAACUGAUGAUCAUGGAUGAAGCGAGAACGGGGUGUGGGGGGGGGGGGGGAGA